AUGCGCUCUUCCCAUAUUGUCCUUUUACUUUUCGCCUUUUUUGGUCUGUCCCAAGCUUCCAUCUACUGGCUGAAGUAUACGGAUAUGAUCCAAAUCCAUUCCAAUUUGGUUUUCUUCGCCAGGGAACACAAAGGAACCGACCUGUUCUAUGCUCUGGUUCAGCGUGAUAGUGAAAUGGACCGCUUCCUGAACGGACUCCUAGGACACAGAUUUGAAGACUUCGAAGUUCAAGAGGCCUACGAGACGGAGAACAAAAACGUUUUCGCGAUUGUUAGCUCUUUGGACCAUAUCCAUUCUGUGAAGCAUUUUUUGCUAAUUAGUUUGAGUCCAAGUAGCACAAGCCCAACCGGAUACAUCAUGGAAAGAGUAGAAAUUUGUGUGGGCAAUUGCGAUUUCACUCAAUUUUGA